AUGGGGAUUAUAGGAUCGUUGAAGGACUCUCUUAGAAAGAUUUUGGUAAGAGCUGAAUUCGAUGAAUACUUGGACGAUAAAAACAUGCAUUGCACGGCUCGUAUAGCCGAGAUGUUGGAUAACUUUUCGAGGAAGCUUCAAAAGAGUGCAGAAAAUAACUUCACAGAGGACUUUCUAUUGGAAGAGAUUAAGGUUCUGGAAGAAGCAAAAGGGAUUUGGCUCCCCAACUUCUUGCCCCGCCAAGCUUUCCGCACAAUGCUGCAAAGGAAACUUGACAAGAUAUCACAUUUGCCCUUAGAAUUCAUGGGAGAAGUAUGGGAUUACAUUGAAACUGUUGUCAUAAUUGUUUUGAAGCACCAUUCAAAGGAAUACCCACAACUUCAAUCUUCCAUGACAAGAGCAGUGAAAAACCUUGUUGAGAAGAUGAAGGAAAAGGCGUUUGAUCAAGUGACAGAGAUGAUAAAAAUGGAGAAGGUGACAGACUAUACUUGUGAUGAAGAGUACAUGGAGGUUUGGGGAAAACUUAUGGCUUCUCAAAAUGAAUUUACGUGGGUCACGAAUGAUCUGGCAAUUACGGGGGUCAUGAAAUAUCCCGCUGUGCCGUCAAAUUUGAAAAUUGAGGGUUUCGGGACAGUCGAAGUUAAGCAUUUGAUAAAUUAUCCUAGUAGUAUCAGAGAUCAGGCUUUGAUUUGA